ACUCGUGUCUUCAACUAUGAAACCGUUCACGUGCAUCUUUGUUAUCCUUGCUGCCCUGCUGGCCGUCAGCCAGGCUUCACUUCAGGGUCUGCUCGGCGGUGGCGGCGGCGGCGGCGACGGUGGAGCUGGCGGCAUUGGCCAGCUGCUCCAGAGCAAAUUGGGUGGACUCGGCGGUGGACUGGGCGGUGGUCUCGGCGGUGGUCUGGGUGGCGGCAAUGGCGGUGGCUUCGGCGGUGUGCUCUCUGGCAAGCUCGGAGGCGGCGGCGGCGGCGGUGGCGGUGGAUACUCGGGCGCUCAGUCCGGUGGCUACUCCGGCGGUUACUCUGGCGGUAACUCCGGUGGUUACUCCAACGGCGGUGGCUACUCCAACGGCCCUGCCGAGAAGGUCAUCAUCGUGAAGGUGAUCAACCAGGGCGGCGCCUCCGCUGGCGGCAACGGUGGCUACUACGGUGGCUCUCAGGGCGGUUCCUCCGCUGGUGGCUGGUCUGGCAACCAGGGUGGUUACUCCUCCGGCGGUGGCUGGUCUGGUGCCCAGAGCGGUGGCUCUGCCGGUGGCUGGAACAAGGGCUGGUAAAUUGCCCAUCCAAUCAAGUUGAAUCCUUCUCCAACCAGGAGGAUAUCACAAAUUCGCACAGGGAGCCAAAAAAAAGCCAACAAACUGCAAUUUUGUACAAAUUGUUUUUUUUUUCACAUAAUUUUUUUUUUUUUGUUUAGUUUUAAGCCGCAAUAAAUA